AUGGCCGGUGCACAUGUUGAAAUAGCUGAAGUGGUCAAGAAGCAACAACUAUUGUUGCUGAAUGCCAUGUCUGCUCAACAGAAGACCCUCGAUUGCCUUGCGGACAAAGCAAUCAUGAAUAAGGAUCUCACUGGCGCUGAUGAGGAUGUUAAACGAAAGUGGAUCUUAGCCCAACGUGAGCAAGAAAUCGCAACACCGGCUCCAGCUCAGGGUCCAACAACCUCGUCAUCUUCAGCUCCUACUCCUGCACCAGAGCCGGACCAAUAG